AAACCUUUGCUUCCUCAGUGUCUACAGGUCUGGCACAUGGAAAGCCCAGAGGCACUGAAGUAUCCCACUCAAGCAGCCAAGUGUUAACAACCUCUCCAAAGUCUAAUUUGCCUUUGAUAUAGACUUAAUUGUUUGCGUCACCCACUGGGCUAGGGGGAGGGCUAUAAAAGGGGCUGCAGCCAUUGUCUGAGGCAGAAGAGAGCCCAGAAACAGCUCCCUCUCCCAGUCUUCCUAAUUCAGCACGGUAGUCACAGCCUGUACAUCAUGCAGCUGGUGGCCAGCCUGGUGUCCGUUCUGCUGCUGGUGUGGAGCGUGAGAGCCACUGCACUGCCCGGAGAAGAGAGACUCGCAUUACAGAACAGUAGGGAGCAGACCAAACUCCGGAAAGAUGCCAUACUGAAGAUGCUGGCGGGGCUGCUGGAGAGCGUGGACGUGGCCUCCCCGGACCUUGAAGAAGAGGGCAAGCUGGAGGAGGAGCGGGCGACGCUGGGGCGACUGGCCCAGCUCUCGCAGCGGGACCGCAAGGCCCCCUGUAAAAACUUCUUCUGGAAAACCUUCACCUCCUGCUAGUGACACCCUGCCUGGCCCCACUGGGCUCCUUGCCUGCCCGCCUGUGAACGCCCGUCCCGUCCCCCGAGCUCCCUUCCUUUACUCCUGCACCCUUAAGAAUAAAGCAUGGCGCCUCGGGGA